GAUUUUCAGCUGGCGAAGCCUCCAGCCAUGCCGGCGAAGAAGGCUGAGCAGCCCGGCUUAGCAGGAACCUCAGAGGCAUUCAGCACUUACUUCAGCCGUGUGGGCACCGCCCAGGACACGGACGACUGUGACGACUUUGACAUUUCUCAAAUGAAUCUGACACCGGUCACCUCCACGACACCAUCAACAAACUCACCACCCACCCCGGCUCCCCGGCAGAGCUCUCCCUCCAAGUCCUCAGCCUCCCAUGUCAGUGACCCCCCCACCGACGCCACAGACCCCCCCACAGACGACUCGUUCGGGGAGGCAGAGGGCAGCCCUAGUCGCAGUGGAGAGGAAGAUGCA